GCUUCAAGCGGACGCAGCACGUCUCAUGUAAAAGAAUGGAUAUUGCCGACCUACCAUUCAAAGGUUCUCCAAUCUUCAGUCCAGAGCCCGUGUCGCCAAGAUGAGUUUCCAAGAGAAGAAAAAGCGGAAGCGAAGCGACUACAAGUACUUCCUCGAAUAUCGCACUCGAUGGAGCGACAAUGACAUGUACCAUCACAUGAACAAUCCCGUGUACGGACAGCUGUUCGACUCGAUCAUCAACGACUACCUGAUCAAGUACUGCGGUCGGCGGCCGUUCCACCCGCAGACCAAAGAGAACGGCAUCGUGGUCACGUCGCACUGCGACUUCUUCGGCUCCGUCGGCUACCCUUCCAUGAUUGACGCGUGCAUGCGCGUCAACAAGCUGGGUAAGACGUCGGUCGAGUACGAGGUUGGCAUCUUCGAGCAGGGCAAAGACGAUGUGCGCGCGGUGGGCGGGUUCAUGCACGUGUUUUGCGAUCAGGAUACGGGUCGGCCGAUGCCAAAUGGGAUGAGCGACGAGAUACGGAAGCCGUUGGAGGCGAUCAUGGCGGAUGAGGAAAAGGCCAAGUACGAGAAGGAAAGAGCCAAGGCAAAGUUGUAAAAUGCUUGCGUCUUUUUCGGGAGAGGAGGGGACGGGUUGAGAGGAAGUUUGUACAAACGACGCAGCCCCUUUUGCAUUUGAUGUGCGUGUUAAGAAGGUAUCUAUUAUAGAAGUGUAAAAGCAUAACGCCGCGCGUAACCUCACUAUUGAGACCCCAAACCACGCAUUUUGUUUCAAGGCGAGGGAAAUUGGAAAAUGCCAUGCGAG